UAUGUAUGGACAUUUAAACGUCAUAAUUAAGAAAUUCGUCACAGAAAGUAAGAAAUGCUCAUUUUCUACUGAUUUCAAUGACAAAGAAAUCUAUUCUGAUGAAGAUACGACAAAACUGCUUGAGGAAACCACAAAUGUAUUGGGUUUCAAGAGAGAAGCUUUGAUGGUCUUGUUGGGUGAAUUUUAUUUCGACUAUAUAAGAAAAUUAGGCCACGAUGAAUUAUUAAGAAACCUUGGAGCGACUUUUAAAGAUUUUCUUGAAAAUCUUGACUAUGUUCACACUUAUAUGAUGUCGGAAUAUCCUGAAAUGAAUAGUCCUUCUUUCAGAUUGGAAGAGGAUGAAAAAAAUGAAAAACUUUAUCUUCAUUAUUAUUCAUUUCGAAAAGGCUUUCACCCUUUAGUCAUUGGUAUUCUAAAGUCUGUCUCAAGAGUUUAUUACAAACAAGAUUUACUUUUUGAAUUGAUUUCUAUUGAGAAUGAGACAGUUUGUAAAAAAGCUGGCUCUACUCAGAGGGAACACGUUGUUCUUUGUAUUACAACUGUUAAAGUUGAGCAAAAACCCUCAGAACCUCCACCUACCUUUGUAGCUCAAACGAGAAAACAUGGAGAAAAACAAAUUUUGAAACAACAUGUUGAUGAAGUUGCUAUUAAAAUUGACAAGAUUAGAAGAGAGCAGGGAGAACACGCUCUUCCUGUUAACAAAGCCAGAGCGGCUAAGGCGAAAUGGAAAAGUCUUGCUCGAAUGACUAUGCUUUCUGGAGAUUUUACUCCAGCUUUUCCCACCAACCUUGCACUAGAUCCAAGUUCAUUUUGCUCUACUUUCCCAUACCAUAUGGUAUUUAAUAAAGAUAUGCAUGUUGUUCACAGUGGAAUAAAGAUUCAAGAAUGUAUGCCGGGAAUAAGAAGUUUGUUGGCUCGUGGUGACUUUUAUUUCGAUCUUCUGCACCCGCCCCAAGUUGAUUUCACUUUUGUAAAUAUAAAAAAGUUCAUUAAUACUCCAUUCGUUGUACGAUGCAAGAAGGCUAAGAUGAAGAAAGAUUGGGGAUUCAGACCUCUCCUUAUUCUGCGAGGUCAGAUGGUACCUUUAAAGGAUGAAAAUUUUGUAAUCUAUUUGUGUUCGCCUUUUGUAAGGAGUCUAAGAGAUCUUGAGUGUAGAAGAAUGCACCUUGCCGAUAUUCCAAUUCACGAUGUGACAAGAGAUAUGUUAUGGAUGGAGCUAAUAGCUCGCUAUAAAUUUGGUAAUUUGCAAGAUACUCCUCCACCGCCCGUAGAAUAUCCUGAAGGGGAUCAACAACCUCCUAUAAAGGAACAAGACGAUAAAAUGAUUAUGCGAGAGGUUCUUGUAGCUCCUGCAAUUGUCGGAUCAACUGGAAUAAACGAAAACCAUUUAGCAGCUGAAAUGGCUAGAUUACGUAACGGUUGGGACACGGAAAAGAAAAGAAAUGCCGAUUUGUACAGAACGUUUCUGCCUCCAAAAUGUCUUGCUCAAUGGGAAUCUGGACAAAAUCUUGAAGCAGGCUAUUACGAUUCAACUACUGUACUCUUCUCAGAUGUUGUUUGUUUUUCAGAUAUAAUGGCACGGUGUAAAGCAAACGAUAUUGUAAAUCUGUUGACGAAAUUACACUGCAAAUUUCGAGAAGCCUGUGAAGUGCAUGAAACAUUCCGAGUUGAAACUAUUGGAGAUGCUUAUAUGGUAGUUUGCGGUGUUCCAGAGCCUUUACAGUCACACGCCGAAAGAAUUUGUAAUACUUCUUUAGCUAUGAUGCAUAUCGCUAAAGAAUUAUCUUCUCCUUACGACUACGGUGACAAAUCAAAAAGUGUCAAAAUAAGAAUUGGCAUAAAUAGUGGACCAGUUACUUCCGGUGUUAUUGGCGACAGAGUUCCGAGAUUUACUGUUAUGGGGGAUACGGUAAACCUAGCCUCUAGAAUGGAAAGCCAUGGAUUACCAAACAAAAUACAAUUAUCUCCAAGCACAUAUAAUCUAAUUAAAGAGAAAGGAUUCCGAAUAGAAAAGAGGGGAGAUAUUGCUGUUCGAGGAGUAAAGAAGAGAAUAACAACUCAUUGGUUAAUGGCUAACGAUAAUGUUGGUCUAGCAGAUGUUUUAGGAAGAAGGGUAAAGCCAAGAUUAACUGGCGGGGUGGAAGUUACCUUUAUAAAUGAAGGAAAACACGAACAUCCACCUAAUACUGCUAAUUCAAUAACAACUCCAGGAUCAGCAGAUAGUUAUGACCUGAUUCCUAUGAGAUAUAGCGACAACCCGAGAUAUCCUUUAAAGCCUGGAGCAAAUGUUCGUCCUACUGAUCUACCUAGAGCGAGAUCAAUGUCCACUCCUAGACCGAGAAGUGGUUCCGGUUCAAGCACCCCUAGAAUCGGGACACCUAAAACCAAUAGAGUCACCCCGCAUAAAUAA